CCCGCGUCGCGGCAGCGCGGGAAGGAGAGCGAGUGAGCGAGGGAGGGGGGGAGAGACUGCGCUCUCGCUGGGUGGGAGGAGGUGAGGAGCAAGUAAUGGCCGCCGGCGACUGACGGCCCGGAAGAUUGGACGGGUAUGCGUUGCAGCCGCUCGCCCCCAUAGGAACUUUUCGGCCAGUCGAGUCUCAAUUCCAGUUCGCCCAUGGCGAGUGGUCAAGGGCAAGGCUUAGCCUUUCCUCCCCCUCCCCUGUCGGAGCGAGACGACGUCGACUAAUGGAUCUUAACUGUCUUUUAGCAGGACUAAGGAGCGAAUCUCUUCCUUGGAUUAAAGGGAAGCUGGUUUCCACAGCACAGCCGUCCGGAGCCUGCAACUGAGUUCUAAAAACUGUCCACGGCUGGUCAAAUGACGUCAAUGGCCAGCCUGUUCUCGUUUACUAGCCCAGCUGUAAAGCGUCUGUUGGGCUGGAAACAAGGAGAUGAAGAGGAGAAAUGGGCAGAAAAAGCAGUGGACGCUUUGGUUAAGAAACUGAAAAAAAAGAAAGGCGCCAUGGAAGAGCUGGAGAAGGCCCUGAGCAGCCCUGGACAACCCAGUAAAUGUGUUACGAUUCCCCGUUCCUUAGAUGGUCGCCUUCAAGUCUCUCACCGCAAAGGCCUUCCUCACGUUAUAUACUGCCGUGUCUGGCGUUGGCCUGAUCUGCAGAGUCAUCAUGAGUUGAAGCCCUUGGACGUUUGUGAAUUUCCUUUUGGAUCGAAGCAGAAGGAAGUCUGUAUCAAUCCAUAUCACUACAGAAGGGUGGAGAGCCCAGUUCUACCUCCAGUUUUAGUGCCAAGACAUAGUGAAUUCAACCCACAGCAUAGCCUUCUGGUUCAGUUCAGAAACCUAAGUCACAAUGAACCGCAUAUGCCACACAAUGCUACAUUUCCAGACUCGUUCCAGCAGCCCGUCGGCACUCAGUUUCCCCUUUCUCCAAACAGUCCUUAUCCACCUUCUCCAGCCAGCAGUACCUAUCCAAAUUCUCCAGCUAGUUCUGGACCAUCUAGUCCAUUUCAGCUACCAGCAGAUACACCACCACCUGCAUAUAUGCCCCCUGAAGAUCAAAUGGGACAAGAUAAUUCUCAGUCUAUGGACACAAGCAAUAAUAUGAUUCCUCAGAUAAUGCCGAAUAUUUCAAGCAGAGAUGUUCAUCCUGUUGCCUAUGAAGAACCCAGGCAUUGGUGUUCAAUUGUGUAUUAUGAAUUAAACAAUCGAGUUGGGGAAGCUUUUCACGCAUCUUCCACUAGCGUCUUAGUAGACGGAUUUACAGAUCCCUCUAAUAACAAAAACAGAUUCUGCUUAGGCUUACUCUCCAAUGUUAAUCGCAACUCAACAAUUGAAAACACCAGGAGGCACAUUACAAAAGGUGUCCAUCUGUACUAUGUUGGUGGAGAAGUCUAUGCUGAAUGCCUGAGUGAUAGCAGCAUAUUUGUACAGAGUCGGAAUUGCAAUUACCAUCAUGGAUUUCACCCUACAACUGUGUGCAAGAUUCCCAGUGGCUGUAGCCUAAAAAUUUUUAACAACCAGGAAUUUGCUCAGCUCUUAGCUCAGUCUGUUAAUCAUGGGUUUGAGGCAGUGUAUGAGCUCACCAAAAUGUGCACAAUUCGGAUGAGUUUUGUAAAAGGAUGGGGAGCAGAAUAUCACCGGCAAGAUGUUACAAGCACACCAUGCUGGAUAGAAAUCCAUCUUCAUGGGCCUCUCCAGUGGCUGGAUAAAGUACUUACACAAAUGGGUUCUCCUCUAAAUCCCAUAUCUUCUGUUUCAUAGUGCCAAAAUAUUCUCUUCAGCUAUAACUUUAGUGACCAUUUUCUAAUUCUAAGCAAUUUCCAAACUGUGUGUACAGAUAACAUGUUAGCAUUCUUCUACUUGUGACCAAUUCUGUUUUUAUAAUCACUUUUCCUUUUAAAGGAAAAGUAAUAUUCAUGUUUGGAGGAAAAUAACAAUUUAAUUUUUAUGUUAUACAUACUGGUCAAAAUCUUUUGACUCCACUGGAAAUAUCUUAAUAUGUCACCAAGGAACAAAUUUUGUAAUCUGACAGAGUAUAAAUAACACUGGGUUUUUUUGUUCAAUUUGCCAACUUACUACUUGUGUAUAAUGUUUCUGUAUGAUUUUUUUUGUGUGUGAUGAUGAUGAUGGAAAUCCUUAAAAAACCAAGCUUUAUUUCACCUGAGAUUGCCUUUAGGUUGAAUAAUAUGUGACUUUAUUAUAAGCACAUUGAACACUUGUUACAGAUAGUGAUGUUAGACUUUUGCAUUACUGGAAGACAGUUCUGCCCUACUCAAUAGCAAUUUCACCUAUACCGCAAGUCAGUUCAACACAGGAGGCCCUUACUUAUCAUGGGUUCUGCAUUUGUGGUUUCAGCUAUUUGCGUUCUCCUGUAUACACCUGGUUUCAAUUAUCAGAGCUGUGAAUAUUGACCAUUGGUGGUUCCUGUGUGUAUUUCACACUUCCAGUCAUAUUUCCAGCUUGGAGGCACUUCUGGAGGCAGUGUGGAACCUUGUUGGGAUGUGGGGUGUUUUUGGUGGAAUUUGGGGUGGGGGGGUGGGAGAGCAUUGCUGGAGCGCUGGGGUGACCAAGGUAUAGUGCUGUAGUCCUCUUUUCCAUCCCCUCUUUUGUUUUUUAGUACUUUUGAAUGUACCAAGGAACCUAACCCCAUAAUUCCCAUAGGCACAGGGUUUCAGUUAUUGCAGAUUUGGCAUUUGUGUGGUGGUAUUGUGGAAUGUAAUGCCCACAAUAAUCAAUGGCCCCCUAUACUGCCUUUAGACAUUGUGUUUAAAGAGAAGUUGGUCCAAGGACUCGCUGUUCCCUAGACUAGUCAGUAUUUUUCCUUGAUUUACACUCAUGCUGUGUGUUGUAAUUUUUUAAGAUAUAGCUUUUUAGCAAUACAUAUAUAUUAAUGUAAAAAACACUACUUUUUAAUAUAUAACAUUACAAGGACCUGCAUUGUGCUUAGCCUUCCAUUUUAUUUUGCCUCUAUGGCUGGUAUCCUGGCUCCCUAACUUCACUGCUGUUACUUUGCAGUAUUAGUUGUGAUUCCUCUGUACUUAACUUUUCUAACAAGGAUAUUGGGAAUCUCAAUCUGAUAAGUGGUCAAAAAUAUCUGUUUACUAAAUUACUGGGGCAGGCCAGUCACCAGAUCAUAAGAAGGUCGUGUCUGCCAAUGGAAACAAAUCAUAAUAUAUGACUGAAACCUAUAUUAUAAAUUGUAAUGCCUCCUGCAAAGUAAUGCCUCCUGCAAAGCCCUAUUUAGACAUUAUACUACGUGUGCAUGUAGAUUUCUGCACAUGAACUUGUGUGUUUGUGACUGACCAUGUGAACCUGGGUACAGGCUCCCUCAAAUACAGGAAGUGUAGCUGCAUUGAACAUAACACACAUACUUGUAUGUGUAUACAGUGCACACAGAUUUUACAUGCAUUGAACUUAAUCUGUGAACAGAGCUAGAGAUUCCUGGCAUGAUUGGUCACUAGAGCUGGCAGUCUUUGAACUUGAUCUUUGAUCUUAUGUGAGCUGUGUCGAAGAGUUCUGAAGAGUUUAACAGAACUAGAAAUAUUUAGUAUGGUCUUGGUGAAUGUGCAAGUUAUCUCACUGAUGUCCAUUAGGGAAUAUUUUACAAAUGGGGGCUAAACCUUAAGAGCCUCUGGGAUGAACUUUAUUAAUAGCCCGAUGUGUUUCGGCAAGGCCUUUAUUAAAGGCUCUUGUUCCAUCUGUCUCGGUAGUUGGAAUAGGCUAAGGAAAAGGAGAUACGAUUCCUUGUUGAAAACCUUAAUGCUCUAAUGGUUGCAUUGGAGUUCGCUACAAUAAAUAGUAGCUGUUUUUUCUUAGCUUCUUCUGACUACUGAGACACAUUGGUUGAUUAAAGGCCUUGCAGAAAUGUGUUGGGCUAUUAAUAAAGUUUAUCCCAGAGGCAUUUAAGGUUUAUCCUCCAUUUUUGUUUGACUUGGUGCCUCCCCUUCUUUUUCCUACAAAGGAGACAUAUGUAUGCCUGAGUUGUAGGCAGGUACCAGUGCAGUUAUUCUGAUGAAUAUGCAGUCUCCCUAGACAAGAUAUGCAUGUCUGGCAGCCUGAUUUAUUGAAAACCGAGCCUUAAAUGACCUGACCUUCUUCAGAUGUCACUGUGGCUACUAUAUGGUAAGGUUAUUUUGUUUUUCUUUGAAGGUCUCUUUUGUCACAUUUUAAAUUUGGUUUUUUAAUUAAACAAAAGGACUUCAACAGGCAAUAAUAUGUUAAAUAAAUACUUUUCUGGUAAAGAAAAAUACCAAGAGUAAUUGUUAGUAUUUUCUUAUAAACAUCACAACUAAAGUCUUCAUAAAUUGGGUAGCCCAUUUUGUAGCACUUCAUGCUUUCUGCACUAGGUCCAGUGAACCACAGAAUGUAAUGUAGGGUAAAGCCUUCAACAGCCUUUUAUUUAUAAAAACAAAACACAACCAGGGGGCGGAGGAUAGUAAAAAAAAAGCAAAAAAAAAAAAGCAACUUCUUGGUCUGUAUGGCUGUGAAGGUAUCUAGUAAGCUGGAGAGAAGACACAGAGACCUUUCUCACGACUAGUGAGAAAGGCCCACCCUGUCUGCGGGAAGGAAGCCCAGAAAAGCUUACCUCCCCACAGACGAUCUUCCAGGCUUCCCUGGGCAGGCAGAUUGCCUACCCAGAUGAGCACUAGCUGAUUCUGGGAGUCAGGGUGCCAGAAUGUGUCUCCCUGCAUUGCCCCACCCCUCGGAAGUACCAUAAUGCCGCACGUGAGUGUUUAGUGCAUUAUGGGGGACCCCCCCCUUCCCCAGGCUCCCCGCAGCCUGGCAGCCACAGCUGACAGACAAUUAAAAAAAGAACUGGGUUAGGAGAGCGCUUGCUCUCCUAACCCCAUUCUAGAGGGAGGCUUCACAGGCCAGUUUGCUGCCGUGGUGCUAUUGGGAUCAGGCCUGAUCCCGGCAGUCCACAUGCGCAUACAAAACUGGGCUGGGCUCCCUUAGCCUGGUUUUGCACGUACGUGUGUGUGUGUGUGUGUGUGUGUGUGUGUGUGUAUAGCCUCACAGUCGAAUUCCACCAUGACUGAAGCUUUGGUGUCCUGCAUAGCUCCUUGAUAUCUCACUAAUGGGCAUAAACAGAAUGUUUGUUAUGCAAUCAAGCAAAUGUUGCUUUGCACAAAUUUGAUAUCUCCCUGCGAAGUUUUGGUGCAGAGCCCUGCCCUCUUAAGGCUACUCUGUGGCUUUAGGUGGUGGAGGGAGUAUUUUGGAAAUAUUCCUUCAUGCAGUUCCGUAGUGGGAGCAGGAACUAGAGAAGGGAUGGACAUGGCUUUAAGACAGAAGAUAGUUUGUGUGGUCUGCAUUUUGCCUGUUUGCCAAGUGUUGUGAUCCUUGCAAUGGAGGAGGUGGUCCUCUGAUCCAGCAAGGUGCUCCUUGAGUGAGUGCAUACUCGACAUCACUGAACACAGAUCAGUAAGAGAUACUGAGUAACAUUCUUGCUCUGUAAACUUAAAAACCAUAGGUAGCCCAUUUGGCUUCUAAUUAAAACACACAAAUGCGUGCUCAACUGAAGAAUACCUAAAGUUAAUCUAACCAUGCAGAGAAGCAGCUAUCUAUAGCUUCUAGCUAUAUGGUGAGGGGCAUGUUAUCCUGUUCCUGCAACAUUGGAAGCUGCCAUAUACUGCGUCAGACCAUUGGUCUAUCCAGCACAGACUGGCAGCGGCUUCUCCAAGGUUGCAGGCAGGGGUCUCUCUCAACCCUAUCUUGGAGAUGCCAAGGAGGGAACUUGGAACCUUCCGUAAGUAGUGGUAAGCUUCACACUGGCUUGGUUGCAGCCACUAUGAUGUAAUUCCCAUGCUACACCUGAUUCUUAAAAAUAGCUAUGCACCUGGUUGUGACAUGCUUGCAAAGAAUGUUUCAAAGCUGUAGAAGAUGAUGAAAUUGUAAUCUUGUGUGAAGGUUCACAGGAGUUGCUCUUGUGCUUACAUAGUAAUGUUGGCAGAACAUGGUCUUGAAGGAAUAACAUUGUUUACAUAUGAUAAAUUGUUUUCAAAUUGCCUUAAAGGGAAAACAAAUUGACUUUCACCACGUUGUAAUGUUCUUUUGUUCACGUUACUCAUUUUUAUAUCGUUUAAGCAUACUUUCUCUAGCUUUAUUUUUAAAUAGAAAAAAUAUAUGGAUUUGCUUUGUGACCCUUAUGUUUUCGCAACUACUUACUCUUUAGUGUUACAGCCAGCAGUUGUCUAUACACUCAUGAUGUAAUCCACUGGGAGCUUCUCCUCCUGUGCAAGCCCCACUGAAGAUGAAUAAGAGAUUCACGGGAGUAUCUGGUGCAUUGUACCCUGGCCUUUUAAUCUUUCUGUAGGUCCUAGAUGUUUUGUACCUGCACUUGAACUCAUCUGUGUUUUAACAUUAAGGUAUCAUCAUCUUAUACAUGUUUCCUUGAAUAGCAAAAACUCAUGUACAGCUUCUCUGCCAUACAACUAGUCUACUGCAUCAAAGGCUUACCUUUAUAACUGAUAGCCUUUUAAGACCUCUACCGUUUAGAGCUAUCUAAAGGCCUAAAGAUAUUUGCAGGUACAGAUUCUGUGUACUUCUGCAUGUAGUCUCAAUAUUGCUAUGUCUGUAGUCAAGAAAUGCAUGGUAAUCUUGUCAAGAACAAGAAUGCUACUUAACCUUCUGAUGCCAAUUUAAAACUAUAUUACCAGCAGUAAUAUGGGUAUCCUAGCGCUUGGUUUCCCUUUUCCUGUGUAGGGACAAACUAUUCAAUACUGAUGCAACAGUUUGUGACUCUUGUUCGGGAUUAUGAGUCUGCUUCCUUCUUUGGGAUAUAUUUGUGCAAAUCUGUGUUGCCAGUUCUUUAGUUCUGCUUCAAUAGCUUAGACAUCUGUUCAUCAGAAGAUUAAUAAAGCAGUGCUUCAUGUUACCUAGUUUGUUCUUCACAACAAAACAGCUGCUUCCCUUGUAGUAAAAUCAUGCAUGCACUGACAUGUUCUCAUAAUGACUAUGUAAGUAUGAGAGUAGACUGCUGUUUGUUCACAUUUAGUCCAGUCAUAAAGUUCUCAUCAAAUAUUCUGUUUGUCCCAGUAAAAUGAGUGGAUAAUCUCAUUCCUUGCUGAAGUGUGCAACUUCUUAUGCUUCUCACAGGCCUCUGUUGGUCCUCUUUCAAGGUGUAGGUAGGGAGGGAUACUUGCUUAGACAUCUCUGCAGGAUGUGCUUAUUCUCCAUAAUGCUUCUGGUGGACAUUAACUAUGCAAAUUUCCUGUUUUAGAUGUUCAGUUGCUUUAUUGUGUUGAAAAACUGAAUUACUUAAAUUUGUACCAUUUUUUUGCAUUGAUUAGAUUACAAACUUGCUGACCAAAAUGCCUCAACUUAUUUUUACACUUUAAAAUAUUUUAUAAAGGCUCUUUCAUUUCUGCAACUCACUGAGAUUGUGCUGUAUAAAUAGAACACUGAAUUGGGAGAGAGCCAACAUCCUUGGCAUGGGAUGUGGUGAUGGCAACCAGCUUGGAUGACUUUAAAAGGGGGUUAGACAGAUUCAUGGAGGACAGGUCUCUCAAUGGCUACUAGUCUGGUGGCUGUGGGCCAUCUCCAGCCUCAGAGGCACGAUGCCUCUCAAUACCAGUUGUAGGGAAGCAACAGCAGGAGAGAGGGCAUGCACAUACCUCUUGCCUGUGGGCUCCCCAGAGGCAUCAUCUGGUGGGCCACUGUGGGAAACGGGAUGCUGGACUGGAUGGGCCUUGUGCCUGAUCCAGCAGGGCUGUUCUUAUGAGUGAAAUGUAGCAAGCAAUAGGAGAGGAGAGCUGGUCUUAUGGUAGCAAGCAUGACUUGUCCCCAUAGCUAAGCAGGGUCUGCCCUGAUUGCAUAUGAAUGGGAGACUAGAAGUGUGAGCACUGUAAGAUAUUCUCCUCAGGGGAUGAAGCUGCUCUGGGAAGAGCAGAAGGUUUCAAGUUCCCUCCCUGGCUUCUCCAAGAUAGGGCUGAGAGAGAUUCCUGCCUGCAACUUUGGAGAAGCCGCUGCCAGUCUGUGUAGACAAUACUGAGCUAGAUAGACCAAUAGUCUGACUCGGUACAUGGCAGCUUCCUAUGUUCCUAUGAUUUUGAACCUUUCAUGGCAUCCCACUUCUUAUGUGUUUAGAUAAUUCACAUGUAAAUUACUGGUUGGUAAAAAUAAGGAUAACAAUCUUGUGGUUUAAAUAUAUAUUUUUAACCUAUUGAUUUAUUUCACUGUUGCUUUUGUUUGCUUGUGGACAAUCCCUCUUGUGGGCUGUGGCUGGAAAAACAUUUUUAAAGUGUCAAUUUUUUCUUUUUCCCGACACCAUCAGACAUAAUGAAAAGUUAAUGUCUUUGCCUAAACUGUUGUGUUAAUGGACAAUAUUUCUUUUGAGGAAGUCUAGUUAAAUUUCAGAGGCACUGAUCAAACCAGUAACUAAGUAUACUUCAUCUUGCUGUUUGAUAAAUACUAGUAUGCAAGUGUAUAUUACAGAUAUAACCUCUGUACAUCUGUUUACAUUGCAGGAGACAUAGUUCUAGCAGCAGUAUUUAACUUCUAUUCCUAUGAACUUCUGUGCUUAGUUGGGUUUUGGCUGUUCUAAUGUUUCAAUAUUUUUGCAUACUUUUGCAGUCUAAAUAAAUGAGGUCUUUUCAGAA